AAUGAUAGGCGGAACUGACUGGCACUGAUAGGUGGCACUGACUGGCACUGAUGGGGUGACACUGAAAGGCAGCUCAGAUAGACACUGAUAUGUGGCAUUGAUGUGCACUGGUAGGCACUAAUAUGUGGCAUUGAUGGGGCACUGAUGGGCACUGGCAGGUGGCACUGCUGGUGCUACACAAAUCAUCAGGGCACACUGAUCAUCAGUGCCCUGCGGCUCUCCUCUCGAGCUGUCAGCGUGACAGCUCGUGAGGAGAGAAAUGCCGAUAACCGGCAU